AUGGCCGCGCCGCAGCCGCCGGAACGGACGCGACGGAAGGGGCGGCCCCGGAAGGGCGGGCGGCGGCUCCGGGCGGCUCCGGGCCCGCAGGCCCCGGGGAGGCGUCCCUCAGGUCCCCGCGGCCUCCGGGGCGACUUUCCGCUCUGUCUCCCGCAGCCCCCGAGGAAGCUCUGCUCUGUCCCCGCAGCCCUCGAGGAACUCCCGUUCCAGCCCCCGAGGAAGCCCCGUUCUGUCCCCGCAGCCCCCGAGGAAGCCCCGCUCUGCCCCCGCAGCCCCCGAGGAAGCCCCGCUCCAGCCCCCGCAGCCCCCGAGGAAGCUCCACUCUGUCUCCCGCAGGCCCUGAGGAAGCCCCGCUCCGCUCUGUCUCCCGCAGCCCCCCGGGGACGCUCCGCUCCAGCCCCCGCAGCCUCCGGCGAAGCCCCGCUCCAGCCCCCGCAGUCCCCGAGGACGCUCCGCUUCAGCCCCCGAGGAAGCCCCGCUCUGUCCUCGCAGCCCCCGAGGAAGCCCCGCUCCAGCCCCCGCAGCCCCCGAGGAAGCUCCACUCUGUCUCCCGCAGGCCCUGAGGAAGCCCCGCUCCGCUCUGUCUCCCGCAGCGCCCCGGGGACGCUCCGCUCCAGCCCCCGCAGCCCCCGGCGAAGCCCCGCUCCUCUCUGUUCCCCGCAGCCCCCGAGGAAGCCCAGCUCCAGCCCCCGCAGCCCCCGAGGAAGCCCCGCUCCUCUCUGUUCCCCGCAGCCCCCAGGGAAGCCCCGCUCCAGCCCCCGAGGCCGUUCCCCUGGUCCUGUCGUAGCCACACGUGAAAACACGGAAGCACAAAGGACACUGAUGGGGUUGGAUGGGGAAACAAAGGGAUGGAAGGCAAAGGGGUGUCUCUGGUUCCUGGCCCAGGCUGGAUAA